UAUUCUCUCGCUCGCUUUCCCACUUGCUCUCCUUCGCUCUCAGGGGUCAACCGUGAAAUGGACGUUUUUGCAAAUUUCGCCAUCGCCCUCCCCCUUACGCUGCUCCGUUUCUUGACCCAUUUGCCCACUCCGCCUCCUUCCCGAGCCCAGGGACUUUAUGUGGCCUUGAGUUUGUACUCCUCUUUGUAGGGGAGAAAUCUAGCUCUUGUUUCUCUGUUGGCAAGAUUUGAUGGUCAAAAGGGUAUCCCUCUUCUCACAGGCACGUCAACUCGUUAGCAGCUUCUCUCCAACAACAUGCCCAAGGACUCAAAAUUCCCAAGGGUUUUAUGCAUGCGCAAGCAAAAAACCUUCCGAGAGAGAUUUUUCAAGUGUUGGCGACACAAAACAGUCUCUCAAACUCCAACCAAUUCUGAAUCUUCAAACACUGACCUAACCUCUACAACCGCAUGGGCCAACCUCCCACAGGACAUAUUGGAUAUCGUUAUCCAUCGCCUCCUGCUACCUGACCGCAUCCGCUUAGCUUCAGUAUGCACAUCCUGGAACUCAAUUGCUCGUUCCAAUCCCCUCUUCUUCUCCGCUCCUCAACCACCAUGGCUCUUGCUCGUCAACAAGCUCACCCUCAAAACCGCGACUUUUUUCAACCUCUCAGAAAAUAAAAUCUACAAAAUCUCCCAGCCGGAUCCACCUAUAUGCAAUCGUACUUGGUGCGGGUCCUCUAGUGGUUGGCUUGUGACCAUGGACGUAGUUUCCGGAUUGCUUCUUUUAAAUCCUCUUACCGGGUCCCAGAUCCAAUUACCUCCUCUUACAACAUUACCCAAUUUGGCUCGUCCUUAUCGAAUGGCCAAAGUUUCAUGGAGCUCUUCACAUUAUACAGUUAUGCUAGCUUUGCUGUCGGCUCCUUAUCUGGCAUUCACUAAAGAAGGAGAUGAAGCGUGGACUUCACUUGAAGGUACUCGAAGGAUUGCUGACCUGGCAGUUCAUAACGAGAGAUUUUACACCCUUGACCUUGAUGGAACGGUAGUAGCUUGGGACCUUAAUGGCCCUUCUCCCUUAGUUGUAUCGGUAAUUUUGCCUGGUUGGUUGCCAUCGAAAAUUUCUUAUGGGUAUUUAGUAGGUUCAAGUGUGGGUCUUUUGCAAGUUUGGAGGGCGCGAGAUGAAAUGGAUUUUGUAGUUCUUGAGCUGGAUUUGAUUAGCGAGGAAUGGAUCAAGGUGGAGAGCUUGGGAGACCGAGCUCUCUUCUUGGAUUUGUUCUGUUCGUUGUGUGUGUCAUCGAGAGACCUUGCGAAUCUGCGAGGGAACUGUAUUUAUUUCACUACUGGACAUCUUGAGAAGCCGAGAAGGGAGUGGGGAACUCGGAGGUUUAGUUUUGAGAACAGAAGUGUUGAAUCUACUACUUAUAAUCCACAGUCUCAUAUCUGGGAGACUUGGGUUUUUAGCUUGGAUGGUCGAACUCUUGAGCCGAUCACUCAUCCUCAAUCACAUUGGAAGCAGCCUCCAAUUUGGAUAACACCCAGUUGGACCUGAAACAAGUAUUUGAACAGGUAACAGAUUUUUUUGUCGUAUAUAAUGUAUUAUGGAUGCAUAGAAACAUUUCAUCUCCCUUUGGAAUGGUGAACCUCGGGGGUUUUGUUUAUUGAUGUGGAAGCCUUUUUUCCCCAUCUCAUAAAAGAAGGUGCAGUAUGUAUUUGUUGUUGUGGAAAUGUCAUUCGUUACAUUUUUGUAAGAGACGUCGAUGUUGAAUUGUGUUGUUGAAUUUAUUCUUAAUUUUUUGUAA